CUCUGGGUAUUCUCCAACCGAAAUAGAAACAAUGGGUUCUCGCUACGAAGUGGAAGUGAAGCUCACAUCGGCGCGUGGGCUCAAGAACGUGAACUGGCGCAACGGCGCGAACAGGCCAUACGUCGUCGUUUGGGUGGACCCCAGCAACAAGCUCUCCACCAGGGUCGACGAAAACGGCGACACCGAAGCUAAUUGGGACCAAACCCUCGUUAUUCCGUUACCGCCAAAACCCUUAGAAGACAUGACUCUCUACAUCGACGUGGUUCACGCCGGUUCAGAAAAAGACACUAAACCGCUCAUCGGUUCGGCUCGGCUCAGGCUCGUCGAAGUUCUAGACGACGUCGGAUUUGGCGAGCGUGCGAGCCGCACGCUCACGCUAAAACGACCUUCUGGAAGGCCGCAUGGUAAGGUUGACGUUAAGGUUACAAUCAGAGACCCUGGCUAUCGUGCGCAGGGUGGUGGUGGUUACUACGCUCCUCCUUACGGUGUCCCUCCACCACCGGCGGCGUCAUCGCGGGACUUUGGUUCUGCACCGCCGGCGUAUGGUUACGGUUACGGUGCGGCUCCGCCGCAGAGUUCGUAUGGUUACGGCGCGGCGCCGCCGGCGGGGUAUCCUUCUACGGCGGCUCCGGCGUAUGGUUCGGGUUACGGAGGGUAUAAUGCGCCGCAGCAAACGGCGUCGUAUGGUCAAGGGAGUUAUGGGUACGCGCCGGUGGAGGAGAAGAAGAAGAGCAAGUUUGGUGGGAUGGGGACAGGAUUGGCUGUGGGUGCGGUUGCUGGGGUUCUAGGUGGAAUCGCACUUGUUGAGGGUGCUGAGUAUGUUGAAAACAAGAUUGCUGAUGAUGCUGCAGAGAAGGUUGAGGAUGAUCUUCGUUACGAUGACGGAGGUUACGAUGACGGAGGUUACGGUGGAGAUGAUUUCUAGAGAGUGAUGUGAUAUCAAGCCAAUAAAAUAAAAAAGGGGAAAAAAAGGAAUAUCUUAUUUUUUCCUUUUUGUUUUUUUUGGAUGUGUCUUUGGUUUGGUAUUAUACUUUACCUUUUUAUUAAUGAGAUAUGUUUUUGAAGUUUGCCACUAAUUCUUAUUUUCACUUUUUUUUUUUUUUCAUUUGCGUAGUUGUAAAUUUGUGAGACCAAAAAACACAACUCUAGUUUGUGUAUUACUAAUAAAAGGUCAGAGGGAUGGAAUUCACAAGAA